AAGUUAUAUUAUUACAACUCAUUUGCUUCUUCGCAACCUUUUCUUUUUCUUCUCUUCUGCAGUUCCCUUCUUCUCUCUGAAUCCAAACCCUAGAAAUUCCCCAUCUUCCAGAAUCUGACAAGUUUCCCCAACCAAACCUAUAUCCUCUCUCAUCAAACCCUCACUUUCCAAAACCACACUCCAAUCCCCUCCCCAAUUUCGCGCAUCGACUCGACUUCCCCAAUUCCCAAUCCCUCCCUCCGUCGUUCCAAUUCAACGCAUCGUCGAUUGCGCUACGGUGGCUGGCUCAUGGGUAAGAUUCUCCGGGAGCUCGCGAAGCCGUCGGCCAAUUCCUCAUCGGCGUAUCCCUCCUCGGCUCCGGCGACCACGUCGUCGACGUCGGUGACGGAGACGGUGAGGGGGUCGCACCAGUUCAAGAUCACGGGGUACUCGCUCUCGAAGGGGAUCGGGAUUGGGAAGUACAUAGCUUCCGACGUGUUUUCCGUCGGAGGGUACGAUUGGGCGAUUUAUUUUUACCCCGAUGGGAAGAGCGUGGAGGACAAUGCCACCUACGUGUCGCUCUUCAUCGCGUUGGCCAGCGACGGCACCGACGUUAGGGCUCUCUUCGAGUUGACGCUCUUGGAUCAGAGUGGGAAGGAGAGGCACAAGGUGCAUAGCCAUUUCGAGAGGACCCUCGAGAGCGGGCCCUACACCUUGAAAUACCGCGGUAGUAUGUGGGGUUACAAGCGGUUUUUUAAGAGAACAGCUCUAGAGACAUCAGACUACCUUAAAGACGAUUGUCUGUCAGUGAGUUGUAGUGUUGGUGUUGUAAGGUCGCGAACAGAAGGUCCUAAAAUCUAUACCAUAGCUGUACCGUCUUCUAGCAUUGGUCAGCAAUUUGGGAAACUGCUGGAAAGUGGUAAAGGAAGUGAUGUGAAUUUUGAAGUGAAUGAAGAAAUUUUUCCUGCUCAUAAAUUGGUACUAGCAGCCCGUUCACCUGUUUUCAGAGCCCAGCUUUUUGGUCCUAUGAAAGAUCACAAUACCCAGUGUAUUAAAGUUGAAGACAUGGAAGCUCCAGUUUUCAAGGCAUUGCUUCAUUUUAUAUACUGGGACUCGCUACCAGACAUGCAAGAGCUUACUGGGUUGAACUCAAAAUGGGCAUCAACCUUGAUGUGUCAGCAUCUUCUAGCAGCAGCUGAUCGAUAUGGCUUAGAGAGGCUUAGGCUGAUGUGCGAAGAGAGUCUCUGUGAAGAUGUUGCAAUUAAUACUGUGGCUACAACUCUAGCCUUGGCUGAGCAGCACCAUUGUUUCCAGCUGAAAGCUGUCUGUCUCAAGUUUAUUGCUACCUCAGAAAAUCUAAGAGCUGUGAUGCAAACUGACGGAUUUGAGUACUUGAAGGAAAGUUGCCCAUCUGUUCUGACUGAGCUAUUGGAGUACGUGGCCAGAUUUACUGAGCAUUCGGACUUCAUGUGCAAACAUAGGAAUGAAGCAAUACUUGAUGGCAGUGACAUAAAUGGGAGGCGGGUGAAGCAAAGGCUCUAGUGUGAACACUGAACAGCUUUCUGUACAACCCUCUUCCUCUCUCCGUUUUAAAAGAUAGCGAGAGCUUAGUUAGAGGGAGAAUAUAUAAAAUCUUUUAUAGGAUCAGAGGCAAUUUUUAAUUUUCUUAGCUUAUUCAUGUGUAAGAGAUGUAAAUGUAAUUUGUGCUGUUGCUGUUACCGUUCUGUGUUUACUUAGGUUUCUGUAAUAUCUCAAGUAUUUCUUUUUACCGGAAGUGUCGAUCCGUUUGCUUUUGUAUGCUUUACUUUUGAUAUUCUGUAUGUUUAUUCAAUCUAGCAGGGCAAGUACUGUUAAACAUUUGAAAGACAUAUUCUGAUUCUAUUCUCUAUUUUGUA